CCACGCCUCGCCACGGUAACUUCGCCAUAUUGACUGCUGUGUGUACCUCGUCUCCGGCCGCGGCGGUGGAGGUGGAGGUUGUUAACCUGGAGAAGGAAGCCUGUGGAUUCCCCCGCACAUCGCGUACGCUAAACACCGACUCACCGCAGAGGACGGAGACGUGAAAGCGUUCUAUUUUCCCUAUAUUCUCUGUGGAUAUUCAAGAAAAAGUGGUGGCGCCUCCAGCUGGACGAGGUGACAGUUGGACUCAUCCUCAGCGCCGGGCAUUAGAGGCGCCGGUGCCCCGGGAGUGAAGAAGCAGGAAAUACGGACGACGACUACUUCUAGUUUCUCAGGAACGAGGGAAGGGCGGAGAGAGGAGAAAGAUGCCCAAACCGAUCAAUGUGCGCGUCACCACCAUGGACGCUGAGCUGGAGUUUGCCAUCCAGCCCAACACCACAGGCAAACAGCUGUUUGACCAGGUGGUGAAGACGGUGGGAUUAAGGGAGGUGUGGUUCUUCGGGCUGCAGUACACGGACAGCAAAGGCUACGUCACGUGGCUCAAGCUCAACAAGAAGGUGACGCAGCAGGACGUGAAGAAGGAGAAUCCACUGCAGUUCAAGUUCAGAGCAAAGUUCUUCCCCGAGGACGUGUCUGAGGAACUCAUCCAGGAGAUCACGCAGAAGCUCUUCUUCCUGCAGGUGAAGGAGGCCAUACUGAACGAUGACAACUACUGUCCUCCAGAGACGGCCGUGCUGCUGGCAUCCUACGCUGUCCAGGCCAAAUACGGAGAUUACAACAAAGACGUUCACAAGCCAGGUUACCUGGGAUCUGACCGGCUACUGCCACAGAGAGUUCUGGAGCAGCACAAGCUAACAAAGGAGCAGUGGGAGGACAGAAUACAGUCCUGGCAUGAGGAGCACAGGAGCAUGCUCAGGGAGGACGCCAUGAUGGAGUAUCUGAAGAUCGCUCAGGACCUGGAGAUGUACGGCGUCAACUACUUUGAAAUCAAAAACAAGAAGGGAACGGAGCUGUGGCUCGGGGUCGACGCGCUGGGCCUCAACAUCUACGAGCAUGAAGACAAGUUGUCGCCAAAGAUCGGUUUCCCCUGGAGCGAAAUCCGAAAUAUCUCCUUCAACGACAAGAAGUUUGUCAUCAAACCCAUCGACAAGAAAGCUCCAGACUUUGUGUUUUACGCUCCUCGCCUGCGCAUCAACAAGCGCAUCCUGGCGCUGUGUAUGGGAAACCACGAGCUGUACAUGAGGAGGAGGAAGCCCGACACCAUCGAGGUGCAGCAGAUGAAGGCUCAGGCCAGAGAGGAGAAGCACCACAAACAGAUGGAGAGAGCGCAGCUGGAGAACGAGAAGAAGAAGCGCGAACACGCCGAGAAGGAGAAGGAGCGGAUAGAGCGAGAGAAGGACGAGCUGAUGCAGAGGCUGAGACGGAUCGAGGAGCAGACGCGACAAGCUCAGACGGAGCUGGAGGAGCAGACCCGCAAAGCGAUGGAGUUGGAGCAGGAGAGGAAGCGAGCGAAGGAGGAGGCGGAGCGUCUGGAGAGGGAGCGGCAGGCGGCGGAGGAGGCCAAGGCUCUGCUGGCUCAACAGGCCGCCGACCAGAUGAAGAACCACGAACAGCUGGCUGCUGAAUUAGCAGAGUUUACUGCCAAAAUCGCUCUGCUUGAAGAGGCGAAGAGGAAAAAAGAAGAGGAAGCGACCGAGUGGCAACACAAAGCUCUGUCGGCGCAGGAUGACCUGGACAAGACCCGGGAAGAGCUGAAGACGGCCAUGACUUCUCCACCGGCGCCAGAGCACGACGAGCACGACGAAACGAACGCAGAGGCGAGCGCCGAGCUGCUCAGCGACGGCGUCUCCAGCCACCGCAGUGAAGAGCAGCGCGUCACCGAGGCGCAGAAGAACGAACGUGUCAAGAAACAGCUGCAGGCUCUGAGUUCGGAGUUGGCCGAGGCCCGGGACGACACAAAGAAAACACAGAACGACAUGCUGCACGCCGAGAACGUCAGAGCGGGGAGAGACAAGUACAAAACCCUGCGCCAGAUCCGCCAGGGCAACACCAAGCAGCGCAUUGACGAGUUUGAGUCCAUGUGAGAGGUUCGGACGCAACGAUGAAGAGGGGGACAGCUUAGUCUCGCUGUCAUGUCAAUGCACCACUUCUCAUUGUAAAGCCCAAUAAAAAACCUGCUUCCACCGCGGGAACCCGUCCUGGAGGAAGACCAGCUGACCGGCUUUGUAGCUUCAGCCUCGCCAAAGCUCUGCCCAGCAGCGGUUAGCCAAUCAAACCGCCACCUGCUUUUUUAGGAGCUCCGCCCCCCUCCCACCCCCAAUGAAGCACACAACUUUUAAUCUGUUGGAAAAAAAAAAAAUAGCAAGCAGCGCACUCUGUCGAACACGGACGUCUCAUCUUUUACAAUACUGACAAUUUUAAUGCUUGCAUGUAGAGAAAAUGACAGAAUUGGUUGAUAUCAAGCGGCCGUUUGUAGCUUUUUGACGUUGCUGGCACACGUGUCCAUGAAGCUUUAAUAUCUAACUUUUACUUCUGUUGUCAAACAGUUUAAAUAAUUUGUUUAAACAAGAAAAAGAAGGGGGAAAAAAACACCCAUUUUUUUUGUCUCAUUUCCUCCCCGUCUGUCAGUGAAAGUUCAUUUCUGCUGGCGGCGUCGUUGGACAUCGGCUGAUUUAUCAGGUUACAAACGCUCACACUCAGGAGCAGCAACGCCGACUUUAAUGUGCUUGUUUUUAACGCUAACUGCGCUGACGUUCUCCUUCCACUCAGACUUGUGUUCAAAUAUAUAUUUUGCCCCCAAAUAAAGAAUGAAUUUAUAUUUCCAACCGUGAAGCUGCAGCAUGAUCUUCAGAGUCCUGACUGAGACCAGAACUGGUAGAACUGGGUUCACAGACAAACGAUGACCAGUCGGAGAUGCACGUUCAAAACCUGACACGCUGUAAACAUAAAGGAAAAUCUGAGUUCUGCAACUGAGUUUGUCAUUAAGGUGUUUUUGUGCCGGCAACAGAGGGACGGACUACUCAGUCCCUCCCAAUCUUGUAAAUGUGAUUUCUUAAGAAUGUUU